AUCGCUAUCUAACACCACAGCCUUUUGAUUAUAUACCUCUAUUUGCCAUGUCUGGUCUGCCUCGGGCGGGGCCGACAACCGGCAAGAGAGCGCCAAUGAGUCGACCUUCGACAAUGAGACCUCCGCCUCCUCCCUCAACUCGCGGCCGCUCUGCAACACCCGCGCUUAACGGGCGCGCAUCACCAACAGGAUCGGUCGCUUCUGCCAGAGUUAGGCCCUCACCGCAGGCUGGGAUCAAACGGAAAGAGCGCGACUUCGAGCAUGGUGGUGAAGAAACCAACAUUAAUGUUGUCGUCCGCUGUCGCGCUCGAAGCGACAGGGAGGUCAAGGAAAACAGUGGUGUGGUUGUGUCGACCAACGGUAUCAAAGGAACGACAGUAGAGCUAUCUAUGGGCCCGAACGCUUUGAGCAAUAAGACGUAUCAAUUUGACAAAGUCUUCUCACAAGCCGCGGAUCAGGGGAUCAUCUUCGAUGAAGUGGUGGCUCCUAUCAUGGGAGAGGUCCUAAAUGGCUUCAAUUGUACCAUCUUCGCCUACGGCCAGACAGGCACUGGCAAAACGUAUACCAUGUGCGGCGACAUUUCCGACGUGCUUCCCCCCCCAGACCAUGCCGGUAUUGUGCCUCGUGUACUCUAUCACCUGUUCAACAAACUCGAGGUCGAGGAAAUUGAGAAUUCCGUCAAGUGUUCUUUUAUCGAGCUCUACAAUGAAGAGCUGCGCGAUUUGAUUUCCGAGGACGACAACGCCAAACUGAAGAUCUAUGAGGAGAACAACAAGAAAGGUGGUAGCGCAACCAUGGUUCAAGGAAUGGAGGAGCGCUAUCUGAAGAGCGCAAGAGAAGGCAUCAAGGUUCUUCGGGCCGGGAGUGACAAACGUCAGGUGGCAGCCACAAAGUGCAACGACCUCAGCUCGCGCAGUCAUACCGUCUUCACAAUAACCGUCUAUAUGAAGCGGACGGCGGAUGACGGCCAAGAAUAUCUAAGUGCUGGGAAACUGAACCUGGUCGAUCUGGCAGGGAGUGAGAACAUUCAGCGUAGUGGCGCUGAGAACAAACGAGCUGCGGAGGCGGGUCUGAUCAACAAGAGCUUACUCACGCUGGGUCGUGUAAUCAACGCUCUAGUGGAUCGCAGCCCGCACAUCCCAUAUCGAGAGUCGAAGUUGACGCGGUUAUUACAAGAUUCCUUGGGUGGUCGGACGAAAACAUGCAUCAUUGCAACCCUGUCGCCUGCUAAGAGCAACCUCGAGGAGACCAUAUCUACCCUAGACUACGCCUUUCGCGCAAAGAACAUUCGGAAUAAGCCGCAGGUCAAUCAGCUCAUGUCGAAGAAAACCUUGCUGAGAGAAUAUACUACGGAAAUCGAGAAGCUCAAGAGCGAGCUGCAGGCAACCAGAUCUCGAAAUGGCGUCUAUCUUACACAAGAAAGCUAUGAUGAGCUCACCACGGAAAGCGAGUCGAGAAGGAUCCUCAGCGAAGAGCAACGCGACAAGAUCGAGACGAUGGAGAUCAAUCUGCGGAACAAAGUGCAAGAGUUGUUCACGCUGACCACAACCUUCAGUACUCUCAAGAAAGACCACGAGCAAACGAAGCUUGCCUUGGAAGGCACGAAAGGUAUACUUGAGAAGACUGAGGUGGUAUUGGAGCAUACAAGGCAGAAUCUUGCCGAAGAGACCGCCCUCCGAAAGGCACACCAGAAGACCGAGGAGCAGCUCGCCCAUAUUGGGCAAGAUAUGAUUUCCACCCUCGGGAAGACAACGUCCGACCUUGACGGUCUGCGGUCGAAAAUCCGUCGCAAGUCGGAUCUUCAAUCGCUGAAUCGCCACAACUGGGCAUCCACGCAGUCCCAUGUCAUCGAUACUACGCGGCUCGUCGAAGACCGGAUCGCAUCCUUCCAGGGCCAACAAGAAAGCAUGAUGGAGAGUCUUGCUACAAGGAUGCAGGCGUAUGUGAAAGAUGAACUACAACAGCUGGGUGUCUCUCAAGCAUUCCUCAAAGAAAACCUGCAAGCUUUCGAACAGUCGGAGAAGGAGGUCAAGGAACAGACCGCCAAAGCGCACGAGGACUCAAACCAGGUAUUGGAGGAAAUCAAGACGCUGAGGGAGGACGUCAAACGGAAACUGGGAGCAGGCUUGAAUGAGCUCUCGGCUGCUGCUGAGAAUAUUUCGGCCAAUAUCAUUACUGAACUGGAAGCCUUCCACACUCAGUUGCAUGUGUCGUAUGCAGCCCUGGGAAGAGAGUUCAAGAACACGUUUGACGAUCUCGUCAAAAGCCUGAACGAGCAGCAGGCCGAGAAUGAUCGACUUCGGCAGCAAAUAUGUGAGGCAAAUUCUGCACUCGUGGCCUCGAAUAAGACAGCGCAGACCAGAAUGGUAGACGUGGUGGAAGAAGAGAGGGAAAGAUCCGCCAGCGAACGACAGCAGCUUUUGGCGCAGAUAACCUCGUUGAUUACAGCCAAUGCUGAAGCCCAGGAGAAGAGACUGCGCGAGCAGAUGGCCCUUGUUAGUGACAGCAUCGCCGCCGCUAACGCAGAGCAUCACGUUCAGCAGAGCGUUUAUAACGAGGGCAUGGACGCCUGGUCAGCGAAGGCAAAUGACAUUAUGAACGGGGUAUCGAAAUCAAGAGACAAUGUUAAGGCACAGAUCAAAGCCGAUUUCGCGGCCGCGACGCAACAAUCCAGUUCGAUCAAAGACACCACAACGUCGGUCCAUGCUCAAACAGUCAAGACAGUGGAAGCACAAAUGGCGCAUAUGGACACUCAACUUCAUUCUCUUGACGAUAUUGUGUCGCGCAUUCGCGCCCAGAACGAUAUCCAUCACGCAGCUCACACCUCCUCUCUCAACUCUCUGUCGUCCACCGUCCAAUCAUCCUACACUAGUAUUGGUGAUAAUUUCUCAGCGUCUUUCGACCGCGUGCAGUCCCUGGAAUCAGAUAUGUCCGCUCAAAUCACCGAGUUCAAGGAUACUCUUCCUGGCCUUUCGGAAGGAUCCUCAAUCCGGGAACCCCUGCGGACACUGCGGGAUGAGAUCGCGGACCAGCACCUCAUGGAAUACGAGCCAACAGGCGAAACGCCUCAACGUACGAUCUAUAAGAUCCCCGCAGGGUUGCCACGCACCGAGAGUCACGAUACCCUCUUGGCCCGCCUACGAAGUGGCUCUAUGUCCUCGGAAGCGAGCCGUAGCCCUUCCAAAACGCCGAUAUUCAACGACGCCACUAACUCUGUUUCGGGCUUGGAAGAUCUCAUCACCAUCUCCUCUAGGCCUAUAUUCGCCCCGUCCAUCAGCACUGCACCGACAGGCGCAAGCACCGCCGUCCCCUCUCUCCGCGAGUUAGAUGUUAACGUCGUCUCGCAGGAAUCCAAUUUUCCCCUCGGCUCCCCGCUGGACGAGACCAGCACAGCGGCAGCACCUCCCCUCAAAAAGCAGAACAGAGGCGGAGGUGCGGAUAGUGAUUCUAUCAAGGUGCUCAUGAAAAAGAUGGCGAGGAAGACCGUUGGUGGAAUUGCGGCGAGCCGAGGCGCGGAUGAUAGGGAGAACCUGACCAUCACGAACUUCUCUUCGAGUAUCGGGCCUGGGUUCGCUACGGGACGGAGACUGAGGAGUCAUGGGAGCGGGUAGAUACUAGCUGUGGAUCGUGAGCGGAGAGGGUAACACGGCAGUGGAUAAAGGGUGUAAUAUAGGAUAGUUGGGGCCAGUGUGUAUAGAGGAUGUUUUCUCUUUGAUACUGUUUCUAGAGGUCGGAGGAAUUGCGCGCGUGCGCGUGGCGUUGGGGCGGUAGGGAAGGGACUCUUUUCUUGCUGACUGGGUUUGAGAACUAGGCGGUUAUGCCGUACAUGCACUAUUUGUGCGCUGGUUUCAGACGAGAAGAUGUACAACUUGCAUCUAUGUGAAUGUGCUCGUUGGAUCGCGCUUCCCAUGUUCCUCUUGCUGUGCCACAGUCAUACAGCAACUUACGCGCCGGUGGCAG